UUAAUGUAUUGGUUGAUACGUCAGAGGCAGAGAAUGUAAAGAAUAAAAGGGUGAAGAAUGGGCUUUAUUUUGUUGAGAAAAUUAAGGGCAUAAAGAGCGAUGAAUUCAGCAAGAUUAAGAAAAUAGACGCAAUUGGUGUUACACUGUAUAAAGUUUCAUUUGAGGAUAUUGAUUCUGCGAACAAAUUUGUUGGCAAUGAAGAGUUGAGGAAUAGGAAAUUGAGGGCAUUUAUCCCAAGAAAUUUCAUUGAGACAUUUGGUGUGAUAAGGGAUGUACCACUUGGCUGGACUGAGGAUGAGAUACUAGAUGGUUUGGUGUCAUCCAGAAAGGUUGCAUCGGUUAAACGCUUCUCCAGGAGGGAUGAGUCUAACACUGGCGUUUUUCAUCCAACAGAGACUGUUAAGGUUGGAUUUCUUGGGGAUGAGCAUCCCCCAUGGGUGAUCUUUGAAAGAGCUGUGCUUGUUGUGAACACAUAUUAUCCGGCUGUCCGGCAGUGCCAUAAGUGUGGCAGACUGGGACAUACGAGAAUGGGAUGUCGUUCUCAGAAGCGUUGUAUCAAAUGUGGAAAGGAUGAGAGUGGGUGUGAUGGACAGUGCAAUGUCAGAAGGUGCAUUUUGUGUAACUCUGAUGGGCAUAUUGCCAAUGAUAAAGAGAAGUGUCCUAAAUGGAUUAAGGAGAUCGAGACUAAUAAAAUUAUGACGAAGAAGAAGCUUUCGAAAAGAGAGGUAUUGCAGGGGUAUCGAGCCCAGAAUAGAUUUGACAUCCUGUGGGACGACAGCAUUUUUCCUGGUCUUUAUUCGGGCAGGGAUACGAAGAAAAGAGUGGUUGAUGACAAUACACUUACAAAGGAUCAGGAGGUGAACAAUAUGCUUACUCCUUUUACUUACAAUUCAGUAGCUAAGAAACCUAAAAAGCCUUAUGUACACAGUCCUGGUGUACAGAUGCAAUCCAGAAUGUAUGAGGAAGCAUCCCCUUCUCGCCCAGUGUUUAUGAAGGAUGAUCUACGUGUUUCUGAGCUUGAGAAAAUAACAGCAGAGCUUUUUAAAUUUGUUCAUGAUCUAGUAAAGAUGAGUGGAAAUAGUGCGGUUUUGGAUGCAAUGAACCAUUUUUCCAAUAGAAUUCAGAAAUGUGGCGUGAAAGCUCCUUCGAGUGUUGGAAAUGUUUCUUCUUUACACAAUGAUCAUGAAAAUAUGUCAAUAUAAUGUACAGUCGUUCAGUGCUAACAAGAAUUAUUUGGAAUUUUACUGUAAUCAAUAUGAUAUUGAUGUAAUUGCUUUGUCUGAGAUCUUUUCGGAAAGGAAAGAGAAUACCAAUAAGCUAGUAGAGUUUAAUCUUGUUCAGAAAUAUAGACCAGAUGGAUAUGGAGGGGUGGCCAUUGGUCUUAAAAAGUUCAUCAGGUUCUCGAAAGUCAGAUAUGACACGAAUUAUGACAUUGUCAUUGUUAGAACUAGCAAUUUGUCCAAGAACUUGUGUUUGGUCUCGGCUUACUUUCCUCCUUCUAUCUCUACGAAGGACAUGUGUGAUGAGAUAGAACGUUUACUCAUUUUUCUGGACAAUAUGAGCAAUAUCAUCAUUAUGGGAGAUUUUAAUGCAAGAAAUACAUCGUGGGGCGACUCUAUCACGACAAGGAAAGGUAGUGAGCUGGAAAGAUUGAUGUUUUCUUCAAACCUGAAGUGUGCCAAUAAUGGCAAGGCUACGUUUAGAAGAAAUUUGGAGUCUACCGGAUCGGUUCUGGACUUGACGUUUGUCAGUAUGAACUUGGACGUGAAUUGGAUGGUCUGUGAUUACUACCUGGGCGGCAGUAGGCACUUCCCCAUCUCUAUUGAGGUUGAAUUAUCUCCGAAAACACCUCAGAGAUUUUUAUGCAGAAACAAACUUCUUUCGUCGCUUGGAAAAGUAAAAUUGGAACCUGAUUUUGAAUUUAUUGAACAGACUUUCUCUUUGGAAAUUGUGGAUGCUACCUUCAGUCCAAAAGAGGGGCGCCAUCCUAAGUACUGGUGGAACGACCAUCUCCUGACACUCUUUAGAAGGCAAAUGGCGGCGAUGAAAAAGGCCAGAAGGAACCCUACGUAUUUAAAUCUGGAAUCUUCUCGCAGACAUAUUGAAAUUUGGAAAAAUGAAGUGGCGAAGGCCAAAAGAGAAAGUUUUAAGCAGAAAAUAGCCGAAGUUAAUGCAUCUACGAAUGCUAGAGAAACAUGGAAAUUUAUCAACUCUGUUAAAAACAGAGGACAACCGCCUAAGACUGUAUGGAGUUAUGACAAUAACUUAGAGUACCUCAAUUUACUUAAGAGUCAGGUACCUUAUUCUCAAUGUCAUUAUGAUUACCAUCUUGAUUUUUUGUCAAAUGACGAACACAUCUCAUUCAGUAUGACUGAUUUUGAGAAGUGUUUGGAAGGAAAACGCAAGAAUUCGGCUGGAGGGGCAGAUGGAAUAACGUAUGCCAUGAUUAGGGCUCUUUCUGACAAGUCUAAGGAGAAUCUGUUAACGGCUAUGAAUAAAGCAUUCUGCGAGAAUUUGAUAAGAGAUAGCUGGAGAGUCAUUAAGAUCGUCCCUAUACCAAAGCCCAAUAAAGACCACAAUGACAUUGCAAACUUCCGCCCAAUAUCAUUGAUAUCGGUCAUACUUAAAUGCAUGAACCUCAUGAUCAAAGACAAGUUGCUGGAUUAUUUUCAGGCUAAUGAUAUAAUCCCACAUAGAUCCUUUGCCUACAGAAAGAAUUACUCUACUGCAUCAUGUUUGAAUGAGUUUCUACACAGAGUUGCCAUCCUGAAAAAUAACAACUUGAAGGUAUUAGUACUAUCUCUUGAUAUCAGCAAUGCGUACAACUGCGUAAAUGUAGGAAUAAUGUAUAAUAUGCUAGCUGAGCUCGGAGUUAAUAAGAGUAUAUGUAGCUGGGUACGCAACUUUCUUUCAGAACGGGUUCUGAAGUUGGGUAAUGCUGAAGUAACGGUGAGAGAUGGACUUCCUCAAGGCAGUUGUUUAUCUCCCACUCUGUUUAACAUUUACACUGCGGGCCUACACAGUGUUGAAGACAGUAACACAAUGCUGUUUCAAUAUGCGGAUGAUUUUAUCCUAAUGUCCUUUGACUAUGAUUUUGACUGGGCAUUAAAUAAUCUAUGCAGAAAGACGUCUCAAUUCAAGGAAAUCUGUAGCUCUCUUAACCUCUCUUUUAAUCCGUCCAAAUGCUCUACGAUGUAUUUUGCAAAGAACAGCGUUAAGGAAAUUAAGCUUAUUGUUGAUGGAAAUCAAAUUGUGCAAGUCAGGAAGCUUAAGUUCUUAGGUAGAGUAAUUACAAACUCUCUCACGGUCAAAGAUCACUAUGAUCAUCUAGCGCCGUCUGUUAAGAAUAGAUCGAAUAUGAUUAAAUGUCUCACGCCACUGAAUGGUGGCUUUCACCCUAAGCUUGCUCUCAAUACGUACAAGGGCCUAGUUAGAGCCAAGAUUGAAUAUGCCAGAACAUCCACUGCUCACUCCCCUGCUUAUAUCAAUAAGCAUAUUGAGGUGUUGCAGAAUGAUAUCUUACGUAAAUGCCUAGGUGUCACUAGAUCAACCCCCACUCAUGUCAUUUAUGCCCUGGCCGAUGAGAUGCCACCUAAGCAGAGAGCCAAGUUUUUGACUGCAAAGGAAUUAAUGAGAGUUCACAUGCACAAUCCUACUUUGUAUGACAUAAUUUCAGAUAAUCCGCGUGUAAAGUCCAGCUAUAGUAACAUAUACUACGAAUUUAAGAACAUUUUUGAUAAUAUUAAGGUUGGUACCAAUUACGCACUACAAAAGAGUCUCAAGGUUCGUCUCAACCUAUUGCCUAGCAGGAAAAGUGACACUCCAGACGAGGUCAUAAGAUCAGUGUACUGCAGAGAAAUUGCCUAUUAUCGUGACAAUGAUUUUGAGAUUUUUGCAACAGAUGCCUCUGUGGCCAAUGCAUCGACGGGAUGUGGUGUAUAUAAUGCUUCUAAAGAUCAUCGAUACCUGUUUAAGAUUGAUUUUCGUUCCUCUUCUAUGUUCGGGGAACUUUGGGCUCUCCUAAAGGCUCUUGAAAUUGCUGUGGAGGACAAAGUUGUCAGCUGUGUUCUGUUUACUGACAGCCUUUCUGCUUGCAGAGCGUUGAUCAGUAAGGGCACGAGUAACUAUGUUGUUGGAGUAUUCCAUAACUUGCUGAAUUCUUCGAAAAUUGAUUGUCAUGUGGUGUGGUUACCCAGCCACAGAGGUAUUGGAAUAAAUGAGGAGGCUGAUUACUUGGCCAAGAUGGCCUCGUACUGCGGUGCUCCUUUGAAGCCCGAAUGACACAAAGAUGAUAAACAGACUCAUGACGGGUCAUACUUAUGACAAAGUGUUUCUGCACCGAAUUGGAGCGAUACUAAAUGCGAA